AUGAUACUAGACGGGGGGGGAGAACUUCUAACGCAGGAGAUUGAAAAUGCUGAAAUUCUGCUUAUUCGUAAUGUGCAAGCUCAAUUUUUUCCUAAUGAAACCUCUUUUCGGAACUUGUGUGUUUUCAAAGAUGUGAACGGAAUUAUCAGAGUUAAAACUCGAAUUACUGAACGCAUAGAUAAGCCUUUCUUCAUUUCACCUAUUCUUCUUCCUGAUAAAUGUAUCUUUACUCAAAGACUGAUUGAAUAUUUUCACCGAGAAAACUGUCAUGCUGGAACCCAGAUAUUACUAAGCAUAUUGCGUGAAAAGUACUGGAUUACAAGAGGAAGAAGAGCGAUACGUAGUGUUCUGAAGGACUGUAUUAAAUGUCGACGAUACAAAACUAAAUCUCUCAUCACUGAACCAGUUUCCUUACCUGCUGAUAGAGUGGAAAAUGCUGCAGCUUUCGAAGUAGUUGGUAUUGACUUGGCUGGUCCCCUAUUUGUAAAACGUGGGGACAAAGUAUGGAUGGUUCUCUACACGUGUGCUCUUUAUAGAGCAAUUCAUUUAGAGUUAAUAACAUCGCUUUCUACUGAUGCUUUUCUGUUAUCAUUUAGACGUUUUGUUGCUAGAAGAGGAAGACCUAGAGUGGUUUAUACAGACAACGGUACAAACUUUAGGGGAGCUUAUAAUAAUUUUUUAGAAAUUGAUUGGAGUAAAAUAACUCGACAAACAGAAAUACAGAAGAUCGAAUGGAAAUUCAUUCCCCCCACUGCUGCCUGGUGGGGCGGAUGGUGGGAAAGACUUGUUCGAGUAGUCAAAGAACUCCUUAGGAGAACAUUGGGCAGAGCUGUUCUUACCUAUGAAGAACUGGAAACAGUUAUGUGCGAAUGUGAAAGGGUAGUAAAUUCGCGACCCCUGACAUAUUUAUCCGAAGAUACAGAAGACUUAGUUCCACUUACACCUGCCAUGUUUUCUGACCGAUAG